GUCACACACUAUCUAUAAAGUUCUACACCCUUCAUUCUGUAGUAUCACGUCCUUUCCAAAACUAAAUACAACGGAAAUCAUAAUAUCAGCCAAGUUGCUGUACAGUACACACUUUCAAAAUGCGUCCUAUAGCUCUUGUACCGCUGGUACUAGCCAUCGUUGGCUUCACACUAUCAUUACUCACCCUUAUGGCUGGUACCAAACCAGGCUAUCUCGAAGAAUACCACAUUAUCACGGUCAACACCACCGGCCUGGGUAAAAAUCUGAUCAGCAACAACAAAAAGGCAACUACUACAAGUACUGCCCCGGCCAGCAAACCGAAUUCAGGAGGACUCUCUGGAUUCAUCUCAGGCAUCGGAGAUGAUAUCACCACCGCUAUUGGCGGAGCCGUUGACGACAUCCAAGAUGAAGCAAACAAGCUUCUCAACGAAGCCGCCGAAGAAGUCGCCAAGAAGUUGGGAAUCAAGGAGUUUUAUAGUCUCCAUUUGAUGGAUAUGUGUGAAGGGGACUACAAGCCCAAGUCCCCCAACUCAACGAUCGUCAAGGGAGCCAGCAAAAACGUAACGAAAUGUUCUAACCAAACAGCUAUGUGUACGUUCCCCACUCCUUAAAAUAAGAAAAUUGAAAUAGAGCAAGGACUAAUAAAAAGCAGACCACUUCGACCUCGUCGGCCCCAUCGACCAAAAACUCAUGGCCUCCCCUCUCAAAACCAACCUCAGCAGACUCAACUUCCCAGACGACAUCCAAGAAGGCCUCGACGCCCUCUCCACCGCCCUAAACGUGACCUUCGUCCUCUACUGCAUCGGCAUCGCCGCCGCGGGCCUCGUCAUUCUCCUCUCCCUCGCCUCAUUCUUCUCGGGCAAUCGUCUGCUAACCACCAUCAACAUCUCCCUCGCCUCCAUCUCGUUCCUGGCCCUGCUCAUCGCCUCGAUUGCCGUGACGGUCGUGCAGAAGAAGGCUACCAAGACUAUCAAUAAAUUUUCAGAGAAAGUGGGGAUUGAGGCGUAUAGGGGCGGCAAGUACCUCGCUCUUACCUGGACCAGUGUUGCGGUUAUGGGGGUUGCGGCGGCUGUAUGUGUCCUGGGGUGUUGUACCGAGAGGAGACGGAGGAGUAGGGAGUUUAGUGAGAAGAGGACGCAGAGGGGGGGUUGGUGGAAGAGCGGGAGGAGGAGUGAUGAGGCGCAGUUGAGGAGGAGUGGGGUUUGAGGAGUUUUUAUGAUUUGGAUGAUGGGGAUUUGUAGGACUGGGUAAUGAGUGGUAAUGUUUGUGCUGUGCUUUGGAGGGUGUUUGAUGUCGUUUUUGUGGUACAGUAUGGUUGGGUAGAGUGGGCUUUUUCUUACUGGUAUGCUGGCAUGCUUUACUGUGUU